UUUUCGUGAAUCUACAUGUGGCCAGUGUGUAUGACAAGUGUUAUUUCCUCGUUGAUUUUCCUCUUCAUUUUACUGCACUUCAUCACCGCUCUGAAUCCCACCGCCUCCCCCUCCCCUCCUAACCACGCUCCCCCCUCCCCCCGCAGGAGACGACAGCCAAGGACGCCCGCGCCUCCUUCAGCAGCAGCAGCCACCGACCGCCCUUCCCGCCCAGCACCCGCUCCCUCGCGCCCUCAGCCCCAGGACCCAGCCAUGAAUUCCGAGGAGUUCCGUAAGCGAGGGAAGGAGAUGGUGGACUACAUCGCCAACUACAUGGACACCAUCGAGAACCGGCGAGUGACGCCCGCGAUCGAGCCCGGCUACCUGAAGGACCUGGUGCCCCUCGAGGCUCCUCAGAAGGGCGAGGGCUGGGACGACAUCAUGAAAGACGUCGAGGACAAGAUCAUGCCCGGGGUGACCCACUGGCAGCACCCGCGGUUCCACGCCUACUUCCCCUCCGGCAACUCCUACCCGAGCAUCCUGGGGGACAUGCUUAGCGACGGCAUAGGAUGCAUCGGGUUCUCGUGGGCAGCGUCGCCGGCCUGCACGGAGCUGGAGACGAUUGUGCUUGACUGGAUUGGAAAGAUGGUGGGACUACCUGAAGACUUCCUCUCCUUCACCGAGAACAGCAAAGGCGGAGGAGUCAUACAGGGCUCGGCGUCGGAGUGCGUCCUGGUGUCCCUCCUGGCCGCCCGCGCCCACAAGAUCCGCCAGCUGAAGAAGCAGCACCCGUUCGUGGAGGAGGGCGUGCUGCUGUCCAAGAUGAUGGCCUACUGCAGCAAGGAGGCCCACUCGUGCGUCGAGAAGGCGGCCAUGAUGGCCUUCGUCAAGAUGAGGAUCCUGGAGCCUGACGAGAACCAGAGCCUCAGGGGAUCCACGCUCCAGCAGGUGAUGGAGGAGGACCGCGCCAUGGGCCUCAUCCCCUUCUACGUGGAGGCCACCCUCGGCACCACCUCCUGCUGCUCCUUCGACAACCUCGCCGAGAUCGGUCCCGUGUGCGAGGAAUACGGGGCUUGGCUGCACGUCGACGGCGCCUAUGCAGGCAACUCGUUCAUCUGCCCCGAGUUGCGAGGCCCCAUGAAGGGCAUUGAGUAUGCUUCCUCGUUCAACUUUAACCCGAACAAGUUCAUGCUGACGAACUUCGACUGUUCUCUCAUGUGGGUGAAGGACCGCUUCCGACUGACGCAGGCCCUGGUGGUGGACCCUCUCUACCUGCAACACUCGUAUUCUGAGAAGUCCAUUGACUACAGGCACUGGGGCAUCCCGCUGAGCCGCCGGUUCCGCGCCCUCAAGCUGUGGUUCGUGAUCCGCUCCUUCGGCGUGGAGGGCCUGCAGAAGUACAUCCGCGAGCACUGCCGUCUCGCCAAGAGGUUCGAGGCCCACGUCAGGAAGGAGCCCAGCUUCGAGGUCGCCAGCCCCGUCGGCCUCGGCUUGGUCUGCUUCAGACUGAAGGGAACGAACCUGAUCAACCAGAAGCUGCUGUCUUCCAUCAACGCCUCCGGGAAGCUGCACAUGGUCCCCGCUUCCCUCAACGACAGAUACGUUAUCCGGUUCUGUGUCUGCGCCCAGAACGCCACCGACGCCGAUAUCGACUAUGCGUGGGAAGUCAUUACACAGUUUGCUGCUGACAUGAAGGUCAUCAUGGCCGAGGAAUUGGAGAACAAAGAGAAGCAGGUCGAGGAGACGAAAGAGAACAAGGAAGAGGAGGCGCAGAAGGAGGCCGAAGAAGGCACCGAAGAAGUGUUCCAGAUGCUCGACCGCAAGAACAAGAAGAGCCUGCGGUACAAGCGGUCCUUCUUCGUCCGCAUGGUGUCCGACCCCAAGAUCUACAACCCGAAAAUCGUCAGAAGUCUUCCACCCAACGGCCCGAGGCGGCACACCACAGAUUCCGAGCCCGACAGCCAGACCUUCAACACUCCUGCUCCUACUAUUGACGAGAAAGCCGUGACGCAGAUGCUUGAGGACGUCAACCUCGACGAAGUCUUUGCCGACAAAGAGACGAGGAUGAAGUUCCUCACCAAGGCCGUGAGCGACCUGUCGGAGAGGCUCGCGAUGAAUCAUAAGUUGCAGUGCCAGAACGAGGGCCAGCAGAGGCAGAGGGUGAGGAGAGGAGGGGGAGGAGAGAGGAAUUCGUUUUCUUAUAGCCUAUUCUUUGUCAAAAGGCCAAUUAAAACCCAAGCCGGAAAUAUUGCCAGUAUGAGGAACGUGCUUAAUCUGAUAUCCAACCUAACAUACCCGAGUCUAAGCGAACUGCAGAUUAAAUCUUCAACAGCAACCAACGGACAGAACGGAGACUGUGUUAGCAUGAGGCCUGUUUAUCCUUCCCUCAGUCCUUCCCACACUCAAGGUCUUCCGCAGUUGUCGAUGGAGGAUCUGAAUCCAUUUAGUGGUUAA